AUGGAGUCAAAACAGUCAAAUCAGUGUCUCAGCGAAGAGAAUGCGAAACUGAAACAGUACAUUGAAGAGUUGAAUAAGGAAUGCAUGGAACUGCAGGCAUCUCUUUUCGAGGAAGCUAACAAAAUGACCCAGGCAGCCUUCGCGGCCCAAAACAAAGCGGAGAAAAAGGCCCAAGAGAAGAGUCGCGAAAAUAAUGUUCUUCGUGCAGAGGUACACGCUCUGAAAGAACUCCUGCGGAAAUCACAAGACCAACAGGCUAAUUUAGCAAUGCGCCGGUGA